UGCCUAAAAAUUCAAUUCGUUUACUGAAUGAGUUAGCAAGUAGUUUACCAGCGCAGUUCAGUUUAAAAAUUCGUCGCCAUAUAUAAAUAUUAAGACUUUGUUAUUCAUUGCACUACUCUUUGAUUGCAAUAAUCUGAAUAUAAAAUAAUAUGGAGGGAAAAGACGAAGCUAAAAGAUGGAAUUGCUCGCAGCAAAAAUUUGCAAGUCAAAUGCCGAGAGGGACGAGGCUUGAUGCUUCAGGAAGCAAACUAGAGGUCAAAGGCGCAAGGAAUUACACUUCACAAUCGUUGUGCAUUGAACAAAAUGAAAUGUUUGAAGACAUUGUGUUACGGGGUAUGCGUGCUGAUGGUCUUUCCACAAAACUUGGUGUAAAAAACAAUAAAGAAAGUAUUUCCAAGCUUGUAGGAGGUUUAUUUGGCAAGGACCAUAGAUAUGACGUUGUCAUGUCUCAUUACAACACUAAACGGCAACGAAAUAAUUGCGCCAAGACCAUCUUUGCUACCAUGACUGGAGAAGAGUUAAAGAUGAUACGAGCUGAAAUGUUCCCCACCACAAUUGAUUUACAAAUCCGCAACAAUCUUCAACAAUUCUUUGAAACACAACGACAUAAACUGAAAGAUGCAAUUGAAGUUUUGUGUAAGAUGCAAGAGACCUUCAAGGAGCUUGCACCAGUAGCUGAACUACUUUCAACUCACAACUUUCAAACUCGUGGAUUCUUUGUGGAUGUUUUGGUCAGCAUGUGUAACUUUAUCAUACAAGUACUUGAAGCAGUCAAUGAUUUUGGAAUCCCAACCGACACAAGCCAACCUGAACCUCAGUAUAAUGCUGGCAAGGAUGCCAAUGACACCACUGUGGCAGAGAUUUUACUCUCUGUUGGUUCGAACCCAAACUACCUCAACACUCCAACUCAGGCCCCUAACUCUAACCCAGUCACCAAUGAUACAACAACCAAACCAACCACAGUUAUUAUUAAGUCAAGUGAUGUAAAUGGAAAUAACAAAUCUAACACUGCUGAUGGAACACAGAUGGAAGAUACAUGUAAGGAAUGGACAACUGUUGAAAUGGUUGAGGGAGAUGGACAAACAAGAUAUUUGUUGGUGAAAACACCUAAGGGUGAAGACGGAGGCAUUGACGCAGAGAAACUAAUACAAUUGCUUCAUAAUAACGAAGGUGUGGUUUUGGACAGCAAUAAUGUACAGACAACACAGUUCUUGAAUAAUGUUGAAAAAUCUGACUAUCUUGUACAAGGCGGUCAAACUAACACACCAGCCACACAGAGUACAGUUGAUACAAACCAGCAAAAUCCAUCCACUAACUUAGUGGAGAACCAGCAGGAAUUGAAUAAAGCAGACAAUGAAGAAAAUCCUCCAAACGUAGAUGAUGAUGACCCUUUGUCAAGAAAGAGAGUGAAACUGAAAUGAUGACGCAAGUUACAAUGACGAUCACCAUAUUACAUACAGGGUUAAGAAACUUUGAUGUUGUUGACAUCUUUGAGACUUGGUGAGAAAAAGGCUUCAAUUUCUUAAUAAAGUUUUUACGAAAAAGAAA